AUGAACAGAACCUUCAGCGUGAGGGCAGGGCCCGGGGGCCGCUCCUACAGCGCUGCCUCGGCCAUCGUGCCCAGCAGCAGCGGCAGCAUCAGCAGGGCUGGGUUCGGCUCCGCGUCCCUGGCUCGAGGAGGAGGAGGAGGAGGAGGAGGAGGAGGAGGAGGAGGAGGAGGAGGAGCGGGAAUGGGGGGAGGCUUUGGGAGGCUCGUGGGGGCAGCUGGAGGUGCGGGAGGAGGGGGAGGUUUCGGCAGCAGGAGCCUCUACAACCUGGGGGGCAGCAAGAGGAUUUCCAUCGGGGUGGGGAGCAGCUUCAGGGCUGCUUUUGGAGGUGGGGCUGGGAUGGGGAUGGGGCUUGGUGGAGGAGCAGCAGGAGGAGGAGGAGGAGGAGGAGGGGUCGGUACCGGGCUGGGGGGCCCGGCGGGGUUCGCCGGCGGCCCCUCCGGGGUGGGCACCAUCCAGGAGGUGACGGUGAACCAGAGCCUGCUGGCCCCCCUCAACCUGGAGAUCGACCCCAGCAUCCACCAGGUGCGCAAGGACGAGAAGGAGCAGAUCAAGACCCUCAACAACAAGUUCGCCUCCUUCAUCGACAAGGUGCGGUUCCUGGAGCAGCAGAACAAGGUGCUGGAGACCAAGUGGGCCCUCCUGCAGGAGCAGGGCCAGAAGGGCAGCUCGGGGAAGGGCAGCCUCGAGCCCCUGUUCGAGGCCUACGUGGGCAACCUGAGGAGGCAGCUGGGCAACCUGCUGGGCGAGCGGGGCCGCCUGGAGGGCGAGCUGAGGAACGUGCAGGACCUGGUGGAGGAUUUCAAGAACAAGUAUGAGGAGGAGAUCAACCGGCGCACGGCGGCCGAGAACGACUUCGUGGUGCUCAAAAAGGACGUGGACGCCGCCUACAUGAGCAAGGUGGAGCUGGAGGCCAAGGUGGACGCGCUGAGCGACGAGCUCCACUUCCUACGCGCCCUCUACGACGCGGAGCUGGCCCAGCUCAGCGCCCAGGCGUCGGACACGGCCGUCAUCCUGAGCAUGGACAACAACCGCGAGCUGGACCUGGGCGGGAUCAUCGCCGAGGUGAAGGCGCAGUACGAGGACAUCGCCAACCGCAGCCGCGCCGAGGCCGAGGCCUGGUACCAGAACAAGUUUGAGGAGCUCCAGGCCACCGCCGGCCGCCACGGGGACGACCUGCGCACCACCAAGGGGGAGAUCUCGGAGCUCACCCGGCUGAUCCAGAGGAUCCGCUCCGAGAUCGAGAACACCCGCAACCAGUGUGCCACCCUCCAGACGGCCAUCGGCGACUCGGAGGAGCGGGGCGAGCUGGCCCUCAAGGACGCCAAGGCCAAGGUGAUGGAGCUGGAGGACGCCCUCCAGAAAGCCAAGGCCGACAUGGCCCGGCAGCUCCGCGAGUACCAGGAGCUCAUGAACGUCAAGCUGGCCCUGGACAUCGAGAUUGCCACCUACAGGAAGCUGCUGGAGGGCGAGGAGAGCAGGCUCAGCGGGGAGGGACUGAACCCCAUCAGCUACUCCGUGAUCAGCUCCAGCUCCGGCGCGGGAGGAGGAUUUGGGGGGCUGAGCCUGAGCGGGGGAGGUGGGAGCGGCUUCGGCCUCGGAGGAGGAGGAGGAGGGAGCGGAUUUGGCCUCGGAGGAGGAGGAGGAGGGAGCGGAUUUGGCCUUGGAGGAGGAGCUGGAAGCGGAUUUGGCCUCGGGGGAGGAGGAGGUGGAAGCAGCUUCGGCCUCGGAGGAGGCGGAGGGAGCGGUUUCGGUCUCGGUCUCGGAGGAGGAGGAGGAGGAGGAGGAGGAGGAGGAAGCUUUGGAGGCGGAGGAGGAGGACUCGGACUCGGGGGUGGAGGCGGCAGCAGCAGCCUGAGCACCAGCGGAGGGAAUUUCAGCUCCGGGAGUGCGAAAGGCGCCAACCCCGGGGUGAAAAUCGUCUCCAAAACCUCCUCCAGCAAGAAGAGCAUCAAGAGCCAGAGCCUGAAGGAGCCUGAGUGAAAAAAAAAAACCAAACACCAAACCCAGGCC